CUCUCUCUCUCUCUCUCUCUCUCUCUCUCUCACGCAUGCGCAGUGCGUCGCUGUGAGUCGAGCUCGUCGUCGGCUGUGAGGAGUGAAGAAGAGCAGCUCCAGCCCGGUUAUGACAGAUGUGAAGCAUGGCGUCCUGCUCGGAGAUCUGUGGCUCGGAUUACGCUGAGCAGAGCCAUGGGGCCCUCAGCAGCGGUUACCAGGGUUACGGGGUGCGCUCCUAUCUGCACCAGUUCUACGAGGAGUGCACCGCUUCCAUCUGGGAGCGCGAUGAAGAUUUCCAGACACAGAGAUCGCCGAGCCGCUGGAGCUCUGUGCUCUGGAAGGUCUGUCUCGCGCUAGGCGCUCUGAUCCUGGUGGCGGGGUUGUCUGUGCUGCUGGUGGGCUACGCCACGCCGCCUCGCCUCGAAGCGUUCGGAGAAGACGAGCUGCUGUUCGUGGACGGCCGCGCGGUGCGCUUCAACCGGGCCCUGGACGCCUGCAAGCUGGCCGGAGCCGUGCUGUUCUGCGUGGGCGGCAGCGGCAUGGCGGUGGGGCUGCUGCUGGCCGCCUGCUCUCAGGGCAGCUCCAAGGAAGAGCUCCGCCUCCAGCAGCGCUUCAAAGAGCGCCUGGCCGAGAUCCAGGCCUCCGUUCAGCCCGUCACCCGCGCUCCCACCCCGGGAGAGGCCAAGGUUCCCGUCACGCUCUCCAAAGUGCAGAGCGUCCAGCCCGGGGCGGAAACCUGACCUCUUCGUCGCUUCGGUCAAAAACAAAACGACCGUCCCUGGAACAGUAGAGAUAGAUAACACUGCACUUUCUCCGGCGCAUAUCAUUCGUCUAUGUUGAGCGAGAUUAUCGAGAGUAUUUAUGGCGAUUAGCGUAUAAGCGUACCCCGUCGAUCAUCACUGGUGCUCCUGAAUACAGACACACAGCACAAAUAUAACUCGCGUGCUACGGCUAGGAAUCCGAACACCUUUAGGCAGCUGUUCCGAAGAGCAACAUAUUCUUCAGAGGCGUCAAGGCAUGUGCGUAUUAAUACCGAAUAGUUUCUCUAUUAUAGCGAACCCAAACACAGCCGCUCACAAUUUCCAUCGUGUCACAUGAGAAAAGUCACUCUGUAAAACUCAUAAACCAGCGUGUUAGCGGCUAAUUCAUCACGGCUGCCUUACUAACACUGUCAAAAGAAACUACGAUGAUUUGUCAUGGCUCGUUCAGAAAGCGCCACGUUGGUUCAUUGGCGUCACCCGCAGUGCAAUCUUUCUUCUCCGAACGCUUGGCGCUCUAUUGCUGCAGUCAAUCAAUAGUUGGUUGACAGAACGCACAA